AUGAAAGUCUGUGCUCCUUUCAUCAUUGUCUUGGCUCUGACUCUGAGCAGUGACUGUGCAAGGAUGCACUACAAAUCUGGGGCAGGAAGAGGCUCAAAGCAUGAGUUCACUCGCCCACAAGUGUUUACAGAGGAUGGAAAUUUAUGCAAGUUUCCUUUCCGGUAUGGUGGAAGGUUUUAUCACUCGUGUGUAUCAAAUAGAUUUUCCAUAAGGAAAUGGUGUUCAACAACACAUAACUUUGACCGGGAUGGGAGCUGGGGACACUGUGUUUUGUUGCCCAAAGACCACUCAGAUCACUGUGCAAACAAUCCUUGCCAAAAUGGAGGGACCUGUUCUCUCACUCAUAGCCAUAGGAUGUACCACUGUACCUGUCCUGAGGAAUUCACAGGCGAAAACUGCCAGAUAAAGAAAUGUUUUGACAACAGUCUCCAUGAGUUUUUUGAUGUGGGUGUGAGCUGGUCAAGAGUCCAACGAGGAGUUGUGGAGCAGUGUAUAUGUGUGAACGGCCAGAUCGAGUGUGGGCGUGCUGCACACAAAAGUUGUGCUCAUAAUCCUUGCAUGAAUGAUGGAGAGUGUAAAAUGGUUACCUUCAGUGGGAAAAUCGUAUGUGAUUGCAAAGAAAAUUAUGCAGGAAAGUAUUGCAAUAUUGUUCCCAGCCAUCGGUGCUAUGUUGGCAACGGCACGGAGUACAGAGGUAUGGCAAAGACAACCAUUUCUGGACACAGUUGCUUGUCUUGGGAUUCAGACCUGCUGUACCAAGAGCUUCAUGUUGACAGCAUUGAGAAAGCAGUACAGCUUGGCUUAGGGCCAUUCCCUUACUGCAGGAAUCCAGAUGGUGAUGAGAAGCCAUGGUGUUAUAUCAUGAAGGACAACAGUUUGUCUUGGGAGUAUUGUGAUGUUCCAUCUUGUGCAAGCAGGGAAAGGAGGCCACCACGUCCAGACAAGGCAGAUAGUCCUGUAGUGCCCAAUAGACCAUGUGGGAGAAGACAUAAAAAAAGAAAUUUUGUGAGACCUAGGAUUGUCGGGGGAUCUUCAUCUCUGCCUGGAUCUCAUCCCUGGACAGCAGCUAUAUACAUUGGAGAGAGUUUCUGCGGUGGAAGCCUCAUUCAGACUUGCUGGGUUGUAUCAGCAGCACACUGCUUUGCUAACAGUCCAUUAAAAUCCACUAUUAGAGUAGUUCUGGGGCAGCAAAUAUUUAAUAAAACGACUGAUGUAACACAGACAUUUGAAAUAGAGAAAUACAUCUUGCAUCCUCAGUAUUCUGUGUUCAACCCCACUGACCAUGAUAUUGCUUUGAUUAAGCUGAAGAAGCAUGGCCAACGUUGUGCCGUCAAGUCCCAGUUCGUUCAGCCUAUCUGCUUGCCAGAAAGUGACACUGUUUUCCCUGACAAGUUGAAAUGUCAGAUUUCUGGAUGGGGACACAAACAUGAGAAUAUAUCUGGUUAUUCAGAUGUCCUGCAAGAAACGCUCGUUCCACUUAUUCCUGAGGAGAAGUGCAGAAGCCCUGAAAUUUAUGGAACAGAACUCACUGAAAAUAUGUUCUGUGCUGGCUACUUCGAUAGCAAAGCUGAUGCUUGUCAGGGAGAUUCUGGUGGACCUCUGGCCUGUGAGAAAAAUGAGAUGUCUUACCUCUAUGGAAUUAUCAGCUGGGGAGAUGGCUGUGGCAGAGCCAACAAACCUGGAGUAUACACACGAGUGACAAACUAUGUAAACUGGAUUAAUGAGAAAAUAACCCCCCGAAAAGCUAGUUGA